AUGAAAAAUUAUUCAAAUCUAAUUGAAUAUGAUGAUGAUAUAUUUAAUAACAAUUCUGAAGAAUUUGAUAAAGAUUAUAUUUCUAAUGAAGAUAAUCUAAAUGAAAUUAAACAAUUUGAUUGUGAAAAUUUAGAAGUUACAGAAAUAAUAGAUUUUAAUAUCUUUUCAGAAGAACAAAUAAAUAAAAUAAAUAGUGAUAGUACUAUGGAAUCUGAAAAUGAAUUAGAUUAUAAUAUUAAUGAUGUUAUUAAUGCAACCAUGA